CCGCCCGCACGCCGUCCCCCUCCACCCCCGGCUCCGCCCCGCCGCAGCGCCCCGCGUCCGCUGAACCUGCCGAGGCCCCGGGCGCCCGCACAGCAGCCGCUCGCUUUCCCAAGCAUGUCGGCGCUCGAGUGGUACGCGCACAAGGCUCUGGGCGAUGGCAUUUUCUGGAUCCAAGAACGCUUCUACGAGUCCGGCAACCGCGCCAACAUCUGGCUCGUGCGCGGCUCCGAGCAGGACGUGGUGAUCGACACGGGCCUGGGGCUGCGCAGCCUGCCGGAGUACCUGUACUCCUCCGGCCUCCUCCAGGACCGCGGCGCCAAGAAGGAGGAGGAGGACGCGGCCGGCCGGCCCCUGCUGGCCGUGGCCACCCACGUGCACUUCGAUCACUCGGGCGGCCUCUACCAGUUCGACCGAGUGGCCGUGCACCACGCCGAGGCCGAGGCGCUGGCCCGCGGGGACAACUUUGAGACCGUGACCUGGCUCUCCGACAGCGAGGUGGUGCGGGCGCCCAGCCCCGGCUGGAGGGCCAGGCAGUUCCGCGUGCCGGCGGUGCAGCCCACCCUCAUCCUGCAGGAUGGAGACGUGAUCAACCUUGGCGACCGACAGCUCACUGUCAUGCACAUGCCCGGCCACUCCAGGGGAAGUAUCUGCCUCCAUGACAGAGACCGGAAGAUCCUCUUCAGCGGAGAUGUGGUGUACGACGGCUCGCUGAUCGACUGGCUUCCGUACAGCAGGAUCAGCGACUACGUUGGGACCUGCGAGCGCCUGGUAGAAUUAGUGGACAGAGGUCUGGUAGAGAAAGUGCUGCCCGGGCACUUCAAUACCUUCGGUGCAGAAAGGCUUUUUCGGUUGGCCUCCAACUACAUUUCGAAAGCUGGGUUGUGUCACAAAGUGUCUACUUUUGCCAUGCGAUCUCUUGCAAGUUUAGCCCUGCGUGUCACGAAUUCCAGGACCUCGUCCUAGUAUCCAUCCCGAUCAUCUGUUUUGAUUAACUUCAUAAAUGAAUCCAACUCAUUUUGUGCCCUUUGAGAUGGUUAAUAGUGAGCAUUCCAACAAGUGCUUUUAAACCACCAUAGUAUGUUACAGGAGAGAAAAAAAAAAUAAGAUUAAGAAUGAAUAAGCCAAAAAUGGAAAUUUUAAUUAUUUUUUUCUUUUUUCAAGGUAAGAAGUCACUUAAGUAAACUUACCAUUUGCCAAGUCUGUCACCUUAAGUAUUUACUUCAGAACUGACACAGAAGCGUAUGCGGAAUCAAGGAGGCAGUUUUCAGCCAGAGAAAGAACUGCCCUCGGGUCCUUCUGUCCUGGGUCAUCCUGGGGGUCGGGGCACGGGGGGAGGCAUGUAAAUUCUUACGUCGACACUCCAAAUUUAAUGCGGUCAGUGUGCGAUUCAAACACAAAGGUUCUUAGGUUCAAAGGAGUCAGAACUCAGCACAAACACAUAAACUCACAUUUAGACAAUGUCAGCUAGCAAAUUACAUUUUUUUGAUCCUGAACUUUUUAUGCUACUUUCUAUUUAUUUAUUUAUUCAUUUAUUUAUUUAUUCUUUACAUAAUUAUAGCAUUUGUUACAUGUGUAAUUAACUUAUGAAAAGUCAAUGAAUCUUGUUUUAUUGCAAAGCUUUAAAUAUAGAGUGCUUACAGUAAAAAGUUCAUAUAUAUUGUUGUUAUUAUGUAAGUAAUAUUUUCGGUCAUACAAAUGAAACUUAAAUGUCUGUAAUCUAACUAAAAAUUUUCAGAUUUCUCAAAAGGACACUGUCAGGCAAAUUUGAAAAUAUAGACACAAAGUAAUUUGUAUUCUAUCCUAUUUUAAUAUGAACAACUUUUUUCUUGUUAUAGAGCACGUUGAGCAUGGUGUCAUGUUUUACAGUAUCUAACCAGCCUGGAGAACUCCAGCAUCUUAAUGUAAACCAUCCUUUUACCUCAGGAUCAGCACAUAGAGGGUUUGCAUCAGACACUGAUGCAGAGUACUGCUUUCUACCCUGAGUCACAGCACUUACUCCUGUUUGCUAUUCUUCGUCGUGAAUGAAAAGGAAUCCACUUUCAUGAAGUCCUGGCAAAGGGAUGGUGCUCUCAAUAAUAUUUUAUUAGAAUAUUUUAUGAAGAUUUUCAAAGCAGUUUUUUUUUCCCACUUUUUUUUUUUCCAGAACUAUUAACAUGUUUAGAAUCAGACAUGAGUUUGCAAAUCAGAUUUUGCAAUUUUGGUUUCUGAAAAAUUAUGCAAUCUUCUUUGAAGGGUUCCCCGCAGAUAUCCAGGUUCUUGAGUUAUUUUGUCCACUCAGUAGCUCUCACUGCCGCCUCCAUGCCCCAUCCACAUGGCCCCGUCCCCACAUGAACAGCACUGUGCUAAACGCUGUGCAAGCCCAGGAAGCCAGAGAUGGCGUGGUAGCUGGAAGAUGAAGGCCCCCAGAGCGGGCUGGAGUUGACAUACAGUUUUACCUGAGCACAAGGCACACGAACGGAGGCAAGGGAGGUUUAGUUAGGGGAAGUUUCCAGACAGGAAGGCUCUUUUCCAUCAGGUUUUAGGAGGAGGAUUUGUUGGCGGGUCAGGGUAGGAAACAAAAAGAUCCAAAAAUAGACGCACAGACCUGCCUAAAGUAGUUUGUUCCUUCUGACUGUAUGUGUUCCUAGCUUUCAGGAAUCUACCACCCGUUUAGAGUGAGUGAGAAGAGUUUGUGACUGAGUCAGCAUGCUCACAGGUGAGCUGACCUGCCACGUGCUGCCCAAAGAACCUUGGCCUAGAGCAGAGCCCGUGAUGGGUUCCGAUGUGGAGCGUCACGAUAGUUACGGUCAUUCAAGGCAGCAGGCUGUUUGCAAGGACAGCACAUCAAGAAUAUGGGUUUGGUUCAGGGCAACUACAAUCACAUAUUGAGCCUUAAAUAUAGCCAUUAUUUUUAUAUCAAUAGCACAAAAGAAAACCAAAAGUCCUUAACCAUAUACCAUUUUAUCACAUUUUUCAGCUUUUUCUUAAAUCAGUGUAGACUAGGCAUUGAGUUUUAUUGCAAAAAUAUGAAAUCCUGAGGAGUUUUCUUAUUUAUCCAAAGUGUACCUUUUUCAUAACAGAUUGAGAAUUAUUUUUUGAUUUCCCAAUUUGAUCUCAGUUUUUCAAGUCACAGUACAGCAUAAGAGUAUGAUAUUUUGCUAUUGCUUCAGUACACACACAUUGGGGAACAGAAGUCAUUCAUUUUGUGUCCAUACUGUGCAUUUUAAAUGUGCGAUAUUGAAUCCUGGUCCUACUGCCAAGAGGUAAUUGACCAGCCUCAUACAGCACAAUUUUUGACCUAGCUGGUAGAUGGACACAGCCUGUCAGCCCUCAAACUCUGUUCUUUCUAUUGUACCUGCACAAUAACAUAGAAUUGGCAAAGCUUGUUUUUACUUUCUAAGAUGCCAUAUGUGCCAAGAAUAAAUCAAACGGUGUUAAAGCAUGAUAACAUAUUUUUC